GAAUUCACCGACCUACGUACCAUCAUGGCUCUUGGCCAAGGGGGGAUACGAGCUGCCAAGAUUCGAGGCUGCCAAGCAGUAAAUGACCGGGUGUUUCGACAUACCAGAGACCGUCUUUUUCCGCUCAGGCCCUGAUUAUCAGCACCUUCGUGGACAAGGCUAGCCAACCAUUGCCAACGCCAUUCCCUAGCCAAGAGUAUCCUAAAUUAUGCAGGAGCAGAGCCACGCGGGGCCACGUCAUCAGCCGCACAGUAUUUAUUAUGAGCGGCGACUCACUUAAACGGGACAGGUCUUCAGGUCCAGGGGCUUCUUCUAAGCGGCCAGCAGCGCCAGUCAACCGCGAUAAUGGCUGCAAAAGCUCCCUGCAAUACUCCCAAGACAAGCCUCCUCAUUCUCCUCUGCUGCUCCCUUUUCAUCAACCCGGCAGACGGAACAACAGCCACCCUUACCGAAUCUGCAGCCUACGCGUCGCAACGACCCUGCGCAAAGCGCUGCUUCUACUGGGGCUCCUCCUCGGAAGGCGGCCCCGAUUACCUCGCAAUCGGGGUCGGUUGCCAAGUCGAUCCCAUCAUGAAUGAAUGCAUCUGUCGCUCGGAUCUGCAGCAAACCGCCGACUCGUUCCUCCGCAAAUGCGUGAGUGACAAAUGCGGCGAGAAUGCCAUCGAUGUUUCCAGCGCCGUCAGCAUAUACGACGAUUAUUGUACGAGUAAUGGGUACACGAGGGCGACGUCCACCGCGCAGACGACUUCAUCAGGUACGCCGAUCGCCCCUGCGACCGUAACGGUGACUGUCGUGCAGACGGUGCUGGCGUCUGGGGGACGACGCCUGCGACCGGCAGUCCUCGGGCUACUGUGAAGUCGAGGUUGACCGUUGUGGAUGCUUUAGUCUCGACAGCUCAGACGAGUACUGCGACGUCCACAAGUGAGAAGGGAUCGGAUCGGACGACCGAGUCUACGAAGCAGUCGGUGCCAUCGGCAACCCAGACGUCCACGACAA